CGGCCGGGAAGUGCCGUGGAUCGGCGGUGGAGUUCAAUAUUGUGAUUCAAGAAAUGUCAAUGACUUCAAAAGCCUGAUGGACCCUGUAAUAUGACAUAGGAGCCCCUGCCAGUUAAGUAUAAACAAGAUGAAUCGUGCAAAGGCAACCGCUGUGCGUCGGCCCAGCGCAGCUGCAAAGUCAUCAGGUCAUCCGCCUCCAGGAGAUUUUAUUGCUCUGGGCUCCAAGGGACAAACCAGUGACUCCAAAGCCCCCUCCAAUCUUCUGAAGCCAGCUGCUUCUGGCCUGACCUCUGAAAGGAAGCGAGAGGCCUCAGCUGCAUUAGCCAGCACUUCAGGACUGCCUGGGCUCAGUAAACGGCCCAAACUUUCAUCCACUACCCCUUUGAGCGCCUUAGGGCGAUUGGCUGAGGCGGCUGUAGCAGAGAAGAGAGCGAUCUCUCCAUCUAUCAAAGAGCCAUCUGUUGUCCCAAUUGAAGUUCCUCCAGCGUCUCUGCUAGAUGAUAUUGAAGCUUCUGAGCAAGAGGGCAAUGAUGACAGAAUCGAAGGGGUACUCUGCGGAGCAGUAAAGCAACUUAAGAUGAACAGGGCAAAACCAGAUCCGACGUUGUACUUAAGUUUAAUGUACCUGGCAAAAAUGAAGCCCAAUAUAUUCGCAACAGAGGGUGUCAUAGAGGCUUUGUGCAGCUUGCUACGAAGAGAUGCCACAAUCAAUUUUAAAGCCAAAGGCAACAGCUUGGUGUCCGUUCUGGCCGGCAAUCUUCUAAUGGCAGCCUAUGAAGAAGAUGAGAACUGGCCUGAAAUAUUUGUAAAGGUAUACAUAGAAGACUCUUUAGGAGAGAGGAUUUGGGUGGACAGCCCUCACUGUAAGACGUUUGUGGAGAACAUCCAGACUGCGUUCUGCACUAAAAUGCCCCCCAAAAGCAUGGCUGUGCAUGGAGAGGCUGGCAGAAUUUCAGGAGAAAUUAGCGCUGGCAACAGUCCUCACCCAUCCUUGCCAGAAGAGGAGGAUAGUCAAAGUGAGCUGCUUAUCGCUGAGGAAAAACUAAGCCCUGAGGAGGAGGGACAAUUAAUGCAAAGGUAUGAAGAUUUGGCUGACGGAGUGGAAGAAUAUGUCUUAGACAUGCUGAGGGAUCAGCUUAAUCGGCGACAGCCUAUAGAUAAUGUUUCCAGGAAUCUACUUCGCUUGCUUACUGCCACUUGUGGCUACAAGGAAGUGCGACUUAUGGCGGUGCAGAAGUUGGAGAUGUGGCUGCAGAACCCGAAGCUGACUCGUGCAGCACAGGAUCUGCUUAUGUCAGUCUGCAUGAAUUGUAACACUCAGGGUUCGGAAGACAUGGAAGUCAUUUCUAAUUUAAUUAAAAUCCGACUCAAGCCCAAAGUUCUCCUUAAUCAUUAUAUGCUGGCUGUGCGGGAGCUGUUGAACGCACACAGAGACAACCUUGGCACAAUGGUCAAAUUUGUGAUUUUUAAUGAGCUUUCCAACGCUAGGAACCCGAACAACAUGCAGAUUCUGUAUACGGUAUUACAGCACAGCUCCGAGCUGGCACCAAAGUUCUUAGCUAUGGUGUUCCAAGAUUUGCUUACCAAUAAAGAGGAUUAUCUGCGAGCUUCACGCGCCUUGCUGAGGGAAAUCAUCAAACAGACCAAACAUGAAAUCAACUUCCAGGCAUUUUGUCUGGGUUUAAUGCAGGAGAGAAAGGAGCCGCAAUACACCGACAUUGAUUUCAAGGAACGCUUUGUUGUCCACAUCACAGACCUGCUUGCAGUGUCUAUGAUGCUGGGGAUUACAGUUCAAGUGAAGGAAGCAGGAGUUGCUUGGGACAAGGGAGAGAAGAAGAGUUUAGAGGUGCUGCGUUCCUUUCAGAACCAGAUUGCUGCCAUCCAGCGGGAUGCGGUGUGGUGGCUUCAUACAGUGGUACCAACCAUCAGCAAGCUGUCACCUAAAGAAUAUGUGCACUGUUUGCACAAAGUCCUAUUCACUGAACAGCCAGAAACAUAUUACAAGUGGGAUAACUGGCCGCCAGAAAGUGACCGCAAUUUCUUUCUUCGCCUCUGCUCGGAAGUGCCACUUCUAGAAGAUACGUUAAUGCGUAUCCUUGUCAUUGGCCUCUCUCGUGAACUUCCACUUGGCCCAGCAGAUGCCAUGGAGCUCGCUGACCACCUUGUUAAAAGGGCAGCAGCUGUCCAAGCCGAUGAUGUGGAGGUCCUCCGAGUUGAAAGGAUUCAGCUUCUUGAUGCCGUAUUAAAUCUCUGCACUUACCACCAUCCUGAAAACAUUCAACUUCCUCCAGGGUAUCAGCCACCUAACCUUGCCAUUUCCACCCUCUAUUGGAAAGCUUGGCCUCUCUUGCUUGUUGUUGCUGCUUUUAACCCAGAGAAUAUUGGGUUGGCUGCAUGGGAAGAAUAUCCAACAUUAAAGAUGCUUAUGGAAAUGGUCAUGACAAAUAAUUACUCAUAUCCACCAUGCACAGUGACAGAUGAAGAGACAAGGACAGAAAUUAUCAAUAGAGAGUUACAAAUUUCCCAGCGUGAGAAGCAGGAAAUUCUGGCAUUUGAGAGUCACCUGGCUGCAGCUUCCACCAAGCAGACCAUAACCGAGAGUAACAGCCUGCUCUUAUCCCAACUUACAAGCCUGGAUCCACAGGGUCCUCCUCGCCGUCCUCCGCCUGUUGCCUUAGAGCAAAUCAAAUCAUUGAAUCAGUCGUUACGGUUAGGACAUCUGCUUUGCCGCAGCCGAAAUCCUGACUUUUUGCUGCAUAUCAUCCAGAGACAGGCAUCUUCUCAGUCAAUGCCCUGGUUGGCAGACCUGGUCCAAUCUAGUGAAGGGUCCAUCGAUGUGUUACCUGUGCAGUGCCUGUGUGAGUUCCUUCUGCAUGAUGCUGCUGAUGAGUCAGGAACAGGUGAAGAUGAUGAGGAGAAUGAGAGCAAGGAGCAAAAAGCUAAAAAACACCAGAGGCAGCAAAAACAGAGGCAACUUCUCAGCCGGCUUCAGGAUUUGCUUUUAGGCCCAAAAGCGGAUGAGCAAACAACCUGUGAGGUGUUGGACUAUUUCCUUCGACGUCUCAGCUCACCUCAGGUUUCUUCCCGGGUCCUGGCCAUGAAGGGCCUCUCGAUGGUGCUGACAGCAGGGGCUCUGCAGGAUGGAGAGGAAAAGGACCAACCUAUGGAUGAAGACUCUACAGACUCUGAACUGAUUCCUGGCUACCAGUGGCUGCUUCGAGAUUUGCCAAAACUUCCAUUGUUUGAUAGUGUUAAGGGGACUACUGCUACAUCAUUACAGCAGGCUAUUCAUAUGGAGACUGACUUGAGGACCAUUAGUGCCUAUCUAGUGUACCUUUCCCAGCAUGCACCAGUAGAAGAUCAGGGUCAUCACAAUGAACUUGCCCUGGAUGUUGCUCGUCUCACAGUGGAACGCUCUACCAUAAUGAGUCAUCUCUUCUCCAAGCUGUCCUACUGCCCUGAGUCCAAUGCUGUCCUCUCUGCUUUGCUUUCCAUCUUCUCACGCUAUGUCAGACGAAUGCGAAAGAGCAAAGAUGGGGAUGAGGUGUACAGCUGGUCUGAGUCUCAGGAUCAAGUUUUCUUGCGUUGGGUUACUGGAGAGGCUGCUACAAUGCACAUCCUGGUCGUUCAUGCCAUGGUCAUUCUUCUGACACUUGGACCUCCUCGAGGUCACAAUGACUUCUUUGCGUUGCUGGACAUCUGGUUUCCUGAAAAGAAGCCUCUUCCAACUGCAUUUCUGGUGGACACUUCAGAAGAAGCUUUGCUGCUCCCUGAUUGGCUGAAACUCCGAAUGAUUCGCUCUGAGGUCCCACGUCUUGUCGAUGCUGCUCUACAAGAUUUGGAGCCACAGCAGCUACUACUGUUCGUUCAAUCUUUUGGCAUCCCAGUGUCCAGUAUGAGCAAAUUACUAAUAUACUUGGACCAGGCUGUUUCCCAUGAGCCUCAAGCCUUGGAGCAAAAUAUAAUGGAUAAAAAUUACAUGGCACAUCUAGUGGAGGUUCAGCAUGAAAGAGGUGCCACAGGCGGGCAGACUUUCCAUAGCUUGCUGACUGCCUCAAUACCACCCAGACGAGACAGCGCUGAUGUGGUAAAAAGGAAGCCAAGCAGUGAAACGCCCCAAGGACAGGUACGGCCAAGGGGUCUCACCCAGAUCCCAGUGUUAGGCCCAGAAGAUGACUUAGCUGGAAUGUUCCUGCAGCUUUUCCCUCUAAAUGCAGACCCCCGAUGGCAGAACUACAACCCGAGACCUAUAUCACUGGCCCUACAGCAAGCCCUGGGUCAGGAGUUGGCUCGUAUCCGACAGGGAAACACUCAGUUGACUGGAAUUGCAGUGCGACUGCUCCAGGCAGUAGCGGCUCUGCUCAGUUCACCUCACAGCGGAGCCCUGGUGUUGGCUAUGCACAGGAACCAUUUUAUAUCUUGCCCGUUAAUGAGACAGCUCUAUCAGUACCAGCGUUGUGUCCCCCAGGAUACUGCAUUUUCAUCACUCUUCUUCAAAGUGCUCAUGCAGAUGUUACAGUGGCUGGACAGCCCAGGUAUUGAGGAGGGUCCACUGCAAGCACAGCUCAAAUCCUUUGCUGCACAGUAUUCAUCCAAGCGUCGGAUCAGUGAUGUUCGCAGUGGGUUUUUGCACUUGGCAGAAGCUCUGGCCUUCCGGCGUGACCCAGAUGUGAUCAACUCUACUCUGUGUGCCAUUAUUACAACUCUGAAAUCUGGGGAUAAUUGCAAUGUGGAACCUGAACUCAUCAGCAAGGUUCUUCAAGGUCUGAUUGAAGCCAAAUCUCCUUACCUAGAAGAGUUCCUGACUGUCCUCCUCUCGGUCACUGUAGAAACCACAUCUCGAUUUCCUGGCCCGGUUGCUGUUGUGAGUUCUCUACUACUGCAGGAAAGGGAAGAUACACUAGUAAAAAAAGAGGGCUGCAGCUCCGAAGCAGCUCGUACCAACCCUUCUUCAGGUCUCCUCAUUGACUGGCUUGACUUGUUAGAUCCGGAAGUGAUUUGCAGCUGUCCGGACCUGCAGCAGAAGUUGUUAUUCUCAUGGAACAAGGUCAAAGGUUCAACUGGACCACAGUCACUUUCUUUCCGACCCUAUCUUCUGGCCCUUCUAACCCAUCAGUCAAAUUGGAGCACAUUGCACCAGUGUAUUGCUAUAUUACUAAGCAAACAUCGAGAGCAGAGGUUUGACCCCUCCGCCUCGCUAGACUUCUUGUGGGCAUGUGUUCACAUUCCUCGUAUAUGGCAAGGGAGAGACCAGCGCACACCACAGAAAGGGCGCAAGGAGUUUGUACUUCAUCUAAAGGCAUCAGAGCUCAUCUGCCUUGUGGAUCUCAUUAUCACAGAAGCUGAAACCAGGAGUCAGGGGCCUGAUGAGGCCUCCUUUCCCCUGAUCCAGUCUCGUCUGCCAUUACUAAUUAACUGUUGCCAUGGGAACCAGGAAAGCAUCAGAAAGGUGACGGAACAUUUAACCAACUGUGUAAAACGCUGGGGAACAAGUUCUUUGGGGAAGCAUUGCCGAGACUUUCUUCUGCAGCUGUAUCUGCAACUUCCUGAAAUGAUUAGUCCUGUUCCAGAAAUCUUACUGACCAGCGAGGGUGUCACAGACCGCAGUACCUGUAAGAUGGAUGGCCUCAUACACCGCUUCAUUACCCUGCUGGCUGAAACAAACGAUGCGAAAGAUAACCGAAUGUCAGAUGCCAAUUUGGCUUGUCGCAAGCUUGCCGUGGCACAUCCCAUCCUUCUGCUCAGACACUUGCCGAUGAUAGCAGCUUUGCUCCAUGGCCGUGUGCACCUGAAUUUCCAUGAAUUUCGGCAACAGCAUCAUCUUUCAUUCUUCAUGCAUGUUUUGGGUAUUCUGGAGCUCCUGCAACCCCAGGUGUUCCAUAGCGAGCAUCAAGAAGCCCUUUGGGACUGCCUUCUGUCCUUUAUCAAACUCCUACAGCAUUACAGAAAGUAUUCCAGGCAGCUGGCUGGCUUCAUCAGUAAAUUUGUACAGUUCAUCCACAAGUACAUCACAUGUGACGCUCAGGCAGCUGUGUCCUUCUUACAGAAACACUCUGAUCCCCUACAUGCUUUGUCCUCGGAGAACAAUGAUCUAAAUAUGCUCAAGUCUCUCCUGGCUGGUCUAAGCCUGCCCAGCAGAGGUGGGACUUUGGAGAAGAGCCAGGAUGAAGAGAGAGAAGGCACAGAUGACUCAACUGCAGGGUCACUUCCUCUCGUCAGCGUCUCAAUGUUUACACCUCUUACCGCUGCUGAAAUGGCACCUUACCUUAAGAGGAUUUCCCGUAGUCAUACAGUGGAGGAUAUCCUGCAGGUCCUGAGCGACAUAGAUGAAAUGUCAGUGCGGAGGCCUGAAAUCCUUUCUUUCUUUGCUAGCGAUUUUCAGAGGCUCAUGAGCUCCAAAGAGGAAUCAUGCCGUAAUCUGGCCUUCGCACUGGCCCUGCGCUCCAUUCAGUGUAAUCCCAGCAUUGCUGCAGACUUUCUCCCGACCUUUAUGUACUGCCUUGGUAGUAGAGACUCUGAAGUGGUACAAACGGCACUGAACAACCUGGCCGGAUACAUACUAUUAUGCCAAGAGCACGCCGCUGUACUUCUACACAGAGCUUUCCUGGUGGGAAUGUAUGGGCAGAUGGACACCAGCCCUCAGAUCUCGGAAGCUUUGAAGGUCCUUCACAUGGAGGCCAUAGUUCGAGAGACUCGCGAGUGACUGAAAUGAACUUUUAACAGUUCAGAGAAAAGAAUGAACUUGUACAGAUGUUAACUUGGAUAUUAGUAUUGUUUCAAUUUACUAUUUUAUAUUAAAACAAACCCUUGACUG